CGCCCCUCACGUACUUGAGUAGCUAUAGACCUUGCAAGGCAAGUGCGAAACAGCCGCAAGGCGCCACGGGAAAAGGCGAAGGCGGUGUGAAGUUGCUGUCGGCAUGAUGUCGUCAGCAGAACCCAUAUCAGAUCCAGCGCUGUCGCCGUCCCGUUCCGUCGUCCCGCUUAGUGUGGAUGCCCCCCUGCACACGCCUCAUUGGGGACUCCACAAAUGGUGGAAGCGCGCUAGCACACAGAACUCGACACUGACGGAGCGAGGACAGACAGCCUUCCAUUCUUCCCAGUACUAUGGGAGGCCUACACAAUACCCAGACUGCACAGCUGAGCGCUAAUCCGAUUGGGAUGAUCGCGUGCUCCGCUUUCUGCAUGCCUGCAGAUCCAAGUAUCAGGGGACGGAGGAGCAUAAGAGGCCGUGACGAUGAACGUGGGGAAGGAGAUGUUUCGGAAAGGCAAGGAUCAACAAUCAGUUUCAAACCCUUAUCAGCAACAAUGCUCGAUCGUUGAGCCGCGUUUCAAUCACGUCCAUUGGCCAUACAUAGCAUGCACGCCAUCUUCUCUAAGAACAAUUGGUGUAGACUUCGUGGAGACUUCGUGAACUUCUGGAUACCAUGGGAUUUUUCGUCUCAGACGCCAGGGACAACCUGAAAAGCAGGCGAACAAUCAAGGGCACAUAGACGUGCCUUGAUGCUCGCAGAGGUCCCCGUGAAUGCCUUUUGGGGAGAGCUCCAGAUCCAUGAGGUGAAUGAAUCGAUGAUGUGCG